AGCCAGAGCAACCCGGAAGCCGUGGUUGACGAAGGAGGAGUGCUUCCGAGUGGGAGCGAGGUGACCCCGGCUGCUGCAGGAAUCUGCGGCGACAGCAGCCAUGGGGGCGCACUUGGCCCGGCGCUACGUGGGCGAUUCCUCAGGGGAGCCCGACCCCCUGCGGAUGCCCACCUUCCCGCCCGACUACGGCUUCUCGGGGCGCAAGGAGCGCGAGAUGGUGGCCACGCAGCAGGAGAUGAACGACGCGCAGCUGGUGCUCCAGCAGCGGGACUACUGCGCCCACUACCUCAUCCGGCUGCUCAAGUGCAAGCGGGACAGCUUCCCCAACUUCCUGGCCUGCAAGCAUGAGCAGCACGACUGGGAUUACUGCGAGCACCUCGACUACGUGAAGCGCAUGAAGGAGUUUGAACGGGAGCGGAGGCUGCUCCAGCGGAAGCAGCGGCGAGAGCAGAGGGAAGCAGACCUGGCCAGAGGCCAGGGGCCUGGCGAGGUGGCCCUGUAGUGGGCCCGCCCGCCACCUGUGGACCAGUGGAGAAAUAAAAGCUUGCAGGCCCUCA